AACAGAAGAAAAAUAGUUUUUGUAUGUCACAACCUUCUUCCAUAAACAUGUUUGUAUAAUUUUCUAUUUUAUAGACAUAUUAGUACAGUUAAGAGCAAACAUUUUGUAUUUCAGGUACACAAGAAAUCUUGUGGACAGUGGAAAUGGAAAGUUCAACUUGAUGAUCUUGUGCUGGGGUGAAGGUCAUGGCAGCAGUAUCCAUGAUCACACUGACUCACACUGCUUUAUGAAGAUCCUCCAGGGAAAUCUAAAGGAGACUCUGUUUGAAUGGCCUGAGAAAAAAGGAAAUGGUGAAAUGACUAAGAAAUCAGAACGAGUUUUGAGGGAAAAUCAGUGUGCCUACAUUAAUGACUCCAUUGGCCUGCACCGUGUGGAGAACAUAAGCCACACAGAGCCUGCUGUCAGCCUGCAUUUGUACAGCCCACCCUUCGACACCUGCAACACCUUUGAUCAGAGGACUGGGCACAAGCACAAAGUCACAAUGACCUUCUACAGCCAGUUUGGAGAAAGGACUCUCUGCGCUACAGGAGUGCCGCAGGAGAACAACUGAGAAGCAUCAGCGCGCGUUUGCCUAAGACCUGCUGAAUGUUUAACCAGGGACAGAAGACUUGCAUGGCUAAGGCUGACAGCCAGACCCAUUUCAUUACUUGUACAUUGGAGUACUCUAGGGCAGCCUCCAGACCACACACAGUUUCCUCGAGCAAAUGCCAAUUAUGGGACACUAAGCUAACCAGUGCCAUAACCUGCUUCAGAGGUUAGAUGCCUUUUCUUAGGCUCCUGUUAGAAUUAAGUAGCUGGUUGUCUAAUUAUAGCGCCUUUUAAGCUCCACCUUGGUUAUCACGCUGAGAAUAUCAGAAAUAGGGUUUUUAAACAUCAUCUGAUUCUUCUCAAUAAACCUAUGGGGAUGUAUGCUUUCAAUGUAAUUAGUAACUAUAUAAACUUCUAAGCUUCCAGUCACUUGUACCUAUGGGUAGUACAGUAGAUACAACUAACAGCAGUGCCUUUUUUUUUUUAAUUAAGUCUUUUAGGUUUAAUGCUUUAGGCCAUCUUGAUAGUUUUGUGCAUUUUUUUACCUUUUUUUUUUUUUUACAAUUUAAUUUGUCAGAUCCUGUUUUAAAUAGGAACAGAGAAAUGCUUCAUGCAUGAUGAUUUUCAAAACUGAUUCCAUAGAGAUUUGACAUUUAAGAAGACUAAUAAUACUUAAUUCAGCUAAUGUCCAGUUUCCAAAGUAUUCUGUGUAGCUAAUGAAGAAGAAAACUGAAAUAAAACUGGAUUUCUGCACUGA